CCAAAUUGUCGAAUAUGCGAAGAAGGGCGAACAGUUCGAUCGUACGCUCGAGAAAAUUCAAUUACCUCGGACACACUCGUGUUUCUGAAAUCGGCCCCUCCGAGUUUCUAAGAAUGUUUGGGAUAACCUAUACGUUUCAACAGUCCAUACUUAAAUACUGAAACACUAAAGCAGUGAUACAUAUGUUACAUCUUGAUAAAAGUUCAAUGUGCUUCUCCCAAAUUUGACUGUCGCGUGCGAUCGUGCCUUGUGCCGUAGAAUCAGAAUCUGUGCGAAAAAUUGGUCUGCUCAUUAAUUUUCGAAAACAAAGCGGCCAAGCGCGGACAAUGUCAGUACUUGGAUGGGUGACCGCUUGGGAACACCGUGUGGCGUUGGCGUAAUUUUUUUUGCCACAUCGAAUUUAGGAUCGCGAGUUCCAACGCUGACAACCGACAGAUAAAACACAAAUACUGCAGUUUUCAGCAGUAAUAUGUCACGAGAGAAGAUCUGUUGUUGCUAAACGAAAUCGCGUCAGAUUACAUGUUGAUAGUCUGGAAAAAGAGCAGUUCUACGUGAAAAAUUAUUACAUGUGAACUACUCGUCGAUUUAACCGUAAGAAGAGUUAAAUCUGCAGUGUCUUAACUUACCACGCGUGAUUAGCGAUCUAAUAUUGUGUAUAUAUAACAUAAUAACGCCUGUGGGGGGGGGAAAACAUAACAUAACCACUGUGGAGAAAAACAUAACCCUCGGUUACAGCCGCUCGUGCACUAUGGCAAGCGUUCCUGGUUUCACGCUGGAAACUGCGAAAGCGAUAUUGACAGAAGUUCUCAAGGCACUGAACACACCCGAGAACCUGCAGAAACUCGGAGAGGCGAAGGAAAGCUCCGGCAACGAAAUGUUGAAAAUGAUGCAAUUCGUGUUUCCGCUGGUGACGCAGAUUCAAAUGGACGUCAUAAAGAAUUAUGGAUUUCCAGAAGGGAGAGAAGGUAGCGUACAAUUUGCACAGCUCAUUAGGGCCUUGGAGAGAGAGGACGCCGAAAUAGCGCAGCUGCAUAGCCAGGUCCGGUCGUACUUCCUUCCACCGGUUACGAUAAACUCCUCGACUGAAGCAUCUCUUUAGAUCGCAGCGGAUUCCGUUUAAAUAUCAAUGAACUCUUCUAGAAAGUUCAUAUGUAUAUCAUUUUUAUUGAAAGACUGCAUUGUUAAAUAAUAACUUAGUGUGAAGAAAGAAAUUAUCCUAUAUCUUUAUGAAAAUAGAUGGGUUUUAUAACAGUUUUUUGUUAUAUAUAUAUACUUAUUUUGAAAUUAAAUAUUAGAAUGAUUCGUUGAUUAUCACUCAUCUAAAAUCUACAUGUAAUAUCUGAACAGAAAUAUUUGUAAAGAUAAAUAUCUUUAUUACUGAUGAAA